AUGGAGAGCACCGAGUUAAUCACUAAAGACAAGCUAGAAUUCCUUGGCAUUAUCAAGGAAUCCUUGAAAAUACCAGCUAAGAAACCCACAUUCAUUCUCCUUUCCUUUCUCACUUCAGUUCCUCCAUUCUGCUUCUUCCUCUGGCAACACCUCGUCCUUCACCAGCUCAUCUAUGAAGCAGGAGCCAACUUCGUUGCGGUAUACGAUCCCAUCUGCGGGACGCAUUGGCCACUCUGCUCUUUCCCGCCGCGGUAUUCACUAGACUCCACCUUGGAAUUGAUCCAGCGGCUCAGUCCAACACUAGCCCUCUCGGCCUUCUCAUACCUCACUAUCGGCCAUUUCCUGAAUGUCCUAAACACCAUCGUUCUAGUUCACUCAGCAUCGACAAUUUAUGCGGAGAAGGAAGCCGGAAGCUUGAAGGAAAUGUUGUUCAUCAAGCCAUUUCAGGAAGUGGGUUCAUUGAGGGGGCCAUACAUCACAUCAAUCUACAACUUAGCUAUGGUUUGGCUGACAUUGGCUGGAGUUGCAUCGUUCGUCGUCCAAAUGGUUUCUUUCCCAGUCAAUGGAUUGCUUUCUCAGGCGGUGUUCGGGUUGGUUGCUAGUGCCCUGGUGGUAAAGUAUUUGGAGUGGAGCGCGAUCUGGAACGUGGGUUUGGUGGUCUCUAUCCUGGAAGAGAAGCAUGGGUAUAUUGGGAUUUGGGUCGCAGGGUAUAUCAGCAGGGGAUGCAGAGGCAGGGGAUUUCUGUUAAUGGUUGUUUUCCUGGUUUGGAGGGUUUUCUUGAGGAUGCUAUUUGGGUACUAUGGUUAUCUGAACAAGGAAUCUGGAUCUAUGGUGGUUUUGAUUGCUGUAGGAGAAGGUGGAUUGGUUUGGUUUGGGGAAGUGAUGAAUUGGGUAGUUUGCACUGUUUACUACUACGACUGUAAAAGGAGGUUUCUGGAGAAGAAAGUUGAUUCGGAGAAGCAAGGGGGCACAAAUCUUGUCUAA